CGGGCGUCGGGCGGGUGAUGUACAGGCUGUGAACAGGCUGUGAACAGGCUCUGCGCGAUUGAAUGUCGGGGCCGCGCGCCUCGUCACCGCGGCGUGGAUUGCUGAGCUCGUCUGCGUCCGUUGCCAUGUCGUUCCACAGCCCUAGCAGCUGCACCUCGUCCUCCUCUGCCUUUUCUCACCCCGUCUGCGAGCUGCCUUCUGCUUUUUGUGACCUUCCCCCGUUUUCUUCUCCCCCCCGCCACUGCAACAUCCCCAUCGCUGCCAGUAGCAAGCGCCUUCUUCGUUGAUCCUGUCGCUCGUUUGCCCGUCAUGUCGCCCGUGACGAGGGCCAAGAGGAUUAUCCUGCACGUUUCCAGCGGUUCUGACGUUCGGGUACAGAGAAAGGUCAAGGUCGUCACCGACCAGAGCGUCAUCGACAAGCCCUCACCCGUGGCCGAGUUUCCCAUGAGAGAAUGGAGCAUAAAGCUGCACUUGCUGGACGAGGACGGUAACGAGCGGCCGGCGGAUGUCUUCACCAAGGUCGUCUACAACCUGCAUCCCACGUUCGAAAAUCCUCAUCAGACCUUCAACAAGCCUCCGUUUGUCUGCUCCAACGAGGGCUGGGGAGAAUUUGAAAUCUCGAUUGACUGCUACACGACUGAGAAGACGAAGCUCGCGCCUAUCAUUCACGACCUCAACUUCCAGCAGGAGCACUACGAGGCGGUGCACACCGUCACCUUCAAGAACCCCUCGCAGGCACUACAGGAGCGGCUGCGCGAGACGGGCCCCUUGCCCAACGACGAGGACCGCCCCAAGAAGAAGGGCGUGGCCGCUAAGAAGGGCGCCCAAAAAUACGACUGCGAGAAGAUUGCCGAGGCCCUGCAGAAGCUCGACGACGAGGAGGACCUCCUGCGUGUGAUCCAGCUCAUCAACGAGAACAAGAGCGCGGAGACGUACAUCAAGAGCGAUGUCGAGGUGGACAAUCUCGUUGAAGCCGGCGAAUUCUCAAUCGACCUGUACACGAUGCCCGACGUUCUCUGUACAAAACUCUGGGAGCACCUUUCCAAGAAGAACCUGAUUAGCUAGACGGUCAAAUCACCGCUUCGAGUUUGGGGCCCAGCCUGCCCCGAGCCGUGUAGCCGGACGGGCGGCCUGACGGACCGACUGGCUUUAGACGACGGGCAGUGACGUGCGUGAACCAUCAGACCCGUCAAAGAAACCGUUUCACAGGGGCGCGAGCCUCGGACGAGUUUGACAACAGGGGUUUCGUAUAGUGGCACAAUGAGGAUUUGCUGGACGUGGAGGGAAAACGGACAAGGGAAGUGAGGGGGCGAAAAGAGGCGCGAAAGGCUGUGUUGCCGCUCUUUCGUAUGGUCUUGGGAGCCCAGGGAGAGGGUGGCCCUGUGUUUUCACUUAAUCAUUGAGAUUUUCUUGUUCCGUCCUCUUUUUUCUUGUUAUCUGCUAGGUACCGGAAACGCGGAGUGGCCAUGGGAAAGUCCUCGUGCUUUGUUGUUUGUAUCAAGUAAAAAGUCCUGCAGUGU